GGCAGAUGAGACGCGUCUGCCAGCAAGCGAUUGUGGUUAGUGUCGCCCUUAAUCCAGCCGUCCCGGUCUCGCCCGUAGCGGAUCUGGAGAGAAGCGGAGGCAGCAUCUACAAGCCCCGUGCUUCCUUCUCCAAUCUUAGGUGGGUCUGACCCAUCUCUUGCAGAUCAUUGUGUGAAAUAUCUGCAGGUAAAAAUGGCAACAAACAAGCCUAAAAAUCAAAAUUCUUUGGCUCUGCAUAAAGUAAUUAUGGUAGGCAGUGGGGGAGUAGGAAAAUCUGCAUUGACUUUACAAUUCAUGUAUGAUGAGUUUGUGGAAGAUUAUGAACCUACCAAAGCCGAUAGCUACAGAAAAAGAGUAGUCCUGGAUGGAGAAGAAGUUCAGAUUGAUAUAUUGGAUACAGCAGGACAGGAAGAUUAUGCUGCAAUUCGGGAUAACUAUUUUCGAAGCGGAGAAGGUUUUCUCUGUGUAUUUUCAAUUACAGAGCUUGAAUCUUUUGCUGCUACAGCUGACUUCAGAGAGCAGAUUUUAAGAGUAAAGGAAGAUGAAAAUGUGCCAUUUUUGCUUGUUGGCAACAAAUCUGAUUUAGAAGAUAGAAGACAGGUUUCUGUAGAAGAAGCAAAAACUAGAGCUGAUCAGUGGAAUGUUAAUUAUGUGGAAACAUCUGCUAAAACACGAGCUAAUGUUGACAAGGUAUUUUUUGACUUAAUGAGAGAAAUCAGAGCAAGAAAGAUGGAAGACAGCAAAGAAAAGAAUGGAAAAAAGAAAAGGAAAAGUCUAGCCAAGAGGAUCAGAGAAAGAUGUUGCAUUUUAUAAUCAAAGUUUCAAACUCUUUUCCUACUUCAACCAUAAUAAAAUCCAUUAACAUAGAGCAUGCUAUUUGGAGGCUGUUAUGGCAGAAAUUACUCUUAAUAGUUGGGGAAUUCUAAUAUAUCACUUAAGGCAUGGUUAGGACAACACUGAAAAUCUUCAUUGAAAAAAAAAUAGUUUCAAGAAAAGCAGAAUUUAAUCCACAUAACUGAUUUUUUUUUUUUGCCAUGGUUCUUCUGAAUGUAAAGGAAUUUUUUCUUCCAAGGGCAGUUUCUUGAACUGUGAAUGAAAAAGCAUUAUUUUUUCUGUUUUUCUUUAAAGCAUAUACUUUUAUAUCAGAUUUUUACUUUAUAUCUUACUGCCUUGAAAAUUACAGUGGUAAUGAAAACUAAACAAAGAUAGUAAAUAAGCUUUCCUUUUUGCUGUUUAAAAUUAUGCAAAUUAGAGAAGAGAGACUAUCUUCUCUACUUCUAUUGGAAUCAUUUAUACAUGGACCUAGAUUAAUGGUAUACACUUAGGACAAUAUUUGAAUAUGCCUUAAUUUAAGACUAUAUCUUCCUGGCAACACACUACAUUGUAUGUGUGCAUCAUUGUGAAAUAAUAUCUUGUAAUGCAGUUUUUGAGCAUUUUUACUAGCUAACAGUACAGUUGAUCAGAAAAAUGUGCCAUACUCUGGAUCUCGAAUUAUCCAGAAUGCUGUGUUUCCUUGCUUUAGUGAAAAUUGCUUUAGUAAAAAUCAACUGAUACAUUAAAUUUAAAAAUGCAGUGGGUGCAGUGCAUUUCAAUUAGAAGUGUUUACUUGUUCCUUAAUUCAGAGAUACUGACAUUUACUUGUAUAAGUACUUUAUGAUUGCCUAUUUGUGAAGGAUAUUUUCUUCAGGUAGGGUAGCACUAUGGAUUUCAAAAGCACAAAUAAGGUUCCAUUCUGAAAAAUAUGUGAGUUGUUAGAGUUUUAUUUUUUUCUAGGUUUGAGAACAUUUACUGUGUAUUGUUUAAUGGAAACAUACUCUUCUGGUUUAUAUCAGUCAGCUAACUAUCUUCCUUUGCAAUAUCAAAAUAUUGACGAUAUGCUUCCAAAAUUGUCGUCGAAAUAUUAAAAACAGAUUGUCUUCAGUUCUUUAUUGUAAGGAAUAUUACCACAUUGUUAACAUGUUUAAUUGAGCUAAAGAUAAAUCUCCAACUCUGAGACAUUUAGGAAUUUGGGGUUUCAGUAUAAAAGAUGAAUUCCAAAAAGCUUUUUAAAUAUAUCUGUGUAAGCCUACAUCUGAACAAAAUAGACAGCAUAUAUAUAUAUAAUGUGCUAAUUGUUAGGCUUUAUUGAUGUUGCUGUUUGGAGAACAUUUGUUCAUCAAGAAAAUUUGUUUGUAUAUCCUACAGUAGAUUUUAUGUGCAGAAUUAUUUCUUGAUGUGGCUGCUACAGCAGAUUUGGUCCUCAUUGUGUAUUUGUUUUCAGUCUGACUAACCAAGGGAGUUCAACCACUAGCAUUCUCUUUGUGUAAUGAGAACCAAAGUGUUACGAUGCCAAUGUAUAAUAACGAUUGUCGUAGGCAGAUGUCUUACCAAACUUUUUAUUUGCUAUUUGAGCCAUUGAAUAAAGUUUUUUUUUAAAAAAACCUAUUGUAGAAUGUUGAUUAUAAAACAUUGUUGCAGAAUAAUGAUGAUCAUUAAAUUUUCCAUAAAUGUGUCUAUAAACGGGAUAUUGUACAAAGAUUUUUCUAAUCUGAGUAAUUUACCAUAAGGUUUUAAUUCCCAAUUAUUUAGUAAAGAUAGUUAAAAGCUUUCCAUCCUCAAGAAGGAUGUUCUAGAGAAACCUCAAGGAAGUCUUACAAAUGGAAUUGGUAUAAAAUUGUUCUGAAUCUAAUACUGAAACAAAAAUGUUAAUCUAAAUGGAUGCUCAGGUCUUCUGAGUUAUUAUGUACUCAACUUGAAAUUAUUCAUUUCAGGUUCUAAAUGAUCUAAUUCUGAAAAAAAAAUCAUUUUUCCCAUAAGUAAACUAUUUAUGCUUAUUUACAAUACCUGAUGAAAUUCCAUAAAAAUUUGCAAAUAGAAGCUUCCAAUCUAUUGCAAUGUAUGCAGGUAAUGUUUGUGUGAAAAUGUGCUAGUAACAAUUCUGAUGAAUAAUAUUCACAUAAAUCUCUGCCUAACUCCCUAUUUCAUGGGUGUCAAACUCACGUCACGGCAGUGUCACAUGACAUAUCGGGACUUUUACCCUUCACUAAACCAGGCAUGGCUGUAGCAUUGAAGCAUCCGACUCGCGGGGUGGGAGUUUGAUAGCCCUGCCCUAUUUUAACAUUCUUGUUUCAAAUUCUUGACUUCUUCAUCCAUUCAUCCCUCAUAGCCCUUGUCAAAAUUGCACCUAAGUAGAAAAAAAAAGUUAAUUAAAAAUAUGAACUAAUUUUUUUUUAAAAAAAAAGUUGUUUAACUGUAUUGCUGUAAACAUUUAUGGCUAAACACAGUGUUCAGUUGAGUCUUGAAUUAUAUCCUUAGCAGCUGAGUCAAGUUAUUCAUAAUUCUGGUGUUUUCCUCUUUACUUAUGCUCCAUGCUGUAGAGUUUUUAUUAUCCUGAUAUUAAAGCUACAAAUAUUUUUCUCCAACAAUAUUCUAUAUGAUAUGGUAUUAAUUGCCUGAGUAAAUUAUGUAACUUUAUGGUAGUUACUAUUGCUAUUACUAACUUCUUGAAUGUACCUCACCUGGUGCUCUCUCCUUAUCUCCACUGUUAAGCUAGAAUGAUAGUUUAAAAACUGUGAAAAGAGAUUCAUGAAUAUAUUGUUAAAUAUAUAUAAUAUUAGCAAUCAUAUAAUCUAUAAUUUGUUCAGAGUCAUAGCACUAGAGAUAAUAAAGGUUAACUAGCAUAAAAAUAAUUUUGGGCUAAAAAGUAACCAUCCUUCUGUGGGUGCAGGGAGGGAGCUGUUUUCUGAUGGGCUUUUUGACUUGGGAAUGUUCCGCCUAAAGAUAAUAUUUUUAAUGCUAAAUUACAUUGCAUUUGUCCCAGCGGUGAAAUCCAUUUACCUUCCCUACCAGUUCAGGAAUGGGAGUGCAUGGGAGCAUGCGCACACUACACACAUGCACCCCUCUUCUGCGCAUGAGCAGAGGAUAAAAAAUGGGACGUAAUGACAUCCCAGCAGGUGUGCAGAGCCUCCCGCCACUGGUGCUACCGGUUCAUGCGAGCCAAAUAGAUCCGGCAGGAUUUCACCACUGAUUUGUUCUGACAUUUCAAGUAUUGUUUCUGUCAUUCUUAAUAACUUAAAUUUGGUUGAGUUUAAUAUUAUUGUUAUUUACUAUUUACACUAUUGUACUUGAUACCUUAAUCAGAAUGAAAACA